GCCUCAUGCUGCAAAGCCCCAUGCUUUGUCGGGCCGACCCCCUCCCUCCCUUCUUCCCCAGUUAAUCCCAACACCAUUCUCUCCUCUUAACCUUGAGCAUAGCAGUGAGUGAUGGAUAUAUAAUAUACCUCCGUGUGCACUCGUCGGGCAGGGCCUUGGAAGGAGAGAUCUUUGCUUAGAGGGAGGACGAGUGCUCCUUCUUCGGUUUUUCUUUCAUCUUCUUCUUCUUCGGGAAAAGGGAUUAGUUGCGUGCAAACGAGUGUUCUCUACCUCAGAGCUGCCGCUGGCCACUGCCACUGCCAGUGGAGUGGACAGGUUCCGUGCCCCGACUCCCAAGCAACCAGCGGCAGGCACCGACCAGUCAGCCAAUGUAUUCCUCUUGGCACAGGAGCAGCAGCAGCAGCGAGAAGACGCCGCCGUGCUGCCCGUGCAAGAAGCUUCACGGGCCCAGAAUCCCACACUGAUGGCCGCGCCUUGCGCUCCGUCUCCUCCCGCUGCCGCUGUCGUUGUCCUCUUCCUGCUGCUGCUCCAUUUCUUGGUUAUUGGCGAGUGCACAGCGGCAGCAGCGGCGAACGUGACGUUCCGGCCGGGCGACGAGCUCCGCAGGUACAAGCGGGUCCAGGCGCUCCUCAGAAGGCUCAACAAGCCUUCUCUACGGACGAUACAGAGCCCCGACGGCGACGUCAUCGACUGCGUGCCGGCGCACCUGCAGCCGGCGUUCGACCACCCGAGGCUGCGGGGACAGAAGCCACUGGGCCCGCCGGUGCGGCCGAGCGGACACCACCACCGCCCCAAUGACACGGCGGACGGCGGCGGACAGCUCUGGGCAGCGUCCGGCGCGUCGUGCCCGAAAGGGUCUGUGCCCGUCAGGAGGAUCACGGAGGCCGACGUCCUCCGCGCCAGCUCCGCUAGGAGAUUCGGACGGGCGCCCACGGCCAGAGUACGGCGUGACUCCGUCUCCGGCGGCCACGAGCACGCGGUGGGUUACGUCGCCGGCGAGGAGUACUACGGCGCCCGGGCGAGCAUCAACGUGUGGGCGCCGACGGUGAGCACGGCGACGGAGUUCAGCCUGUCGCAGAUCUGGGUCAUCGGCGGCUCCUUCGGCAACGACCUCAACACCAUCGAGGCCGGAUGGCAGGUGAGCCCGCAGCUAUAUGGGGACAACUCGCCCAGGUUCUUCACUUACUGGACGUCGGACGCGUACCAGACGACGGGUUGCUACAACCUGCUGUGCUCCGGGUUCGUGCAGACCAACAGCCGGAUCGCCAUGGGUGCGGCCAUCUCGCCCACGUCCGGUUACAAGGGCGGGCAGUUCGACAUCAGCCUGCUCAUCUGGAAGGACCCCAACCACGGCAACUGGUGGCUGGAGUUCGGGUCCGGGGAGCUGGUGGGGUACUGGCCGUCCUUCCUCUUCAGCCACCUCGCAUCGCACGCCAGCAUGGUGCAGUUUGGCGGCGAGGUGGUGGACACGCGCGCCGACGGGGCGCACACGGCCACGCAGAUGGGCAGCGGCCACUUCCCCAGGGAGGGCUUCGGCCGCUCCUCCUACUUCCGCAACCUGGAGGUGGUGGACUGGGACAACAGCCUCAUCCCGCUCACCACCUUCCGGGUCACCGCCGACCGCCCGAACUGCUACGACAUACAGGGCGGCGUCAACGCCGUCUGGGGGAACUACUUCUACUACGGAGGACCGGGGAGGAACGUCAGGUGCACCUAGGAGGAGGAGGAGGAGGAUCAUACUGCUACAUGUUUUUUUCUUUUUCUUUUGGGAUUUAAUCAAGGAUGAAGGAUGUACUAUCAGUCGUCUUUGCUGGUCUUUUAUACAGGAGUAAUUUGUUUUCUCAGAGGUUCUGUUCUCAAAAAGUUGGGAAUCGGUAGGCUAAUCGAUCAGCUAGUGAGGUACAAUCUCCUGAACAAUGUAGCCAAGUCAGUACAUACAUGCACCAACACAUUGUUUAGUGCCA